AUGGUUCUCAGCAACGAGAAGCGCGACAAACAUGUCGCCAGCCAUUCGACUGCGCCAUAUGUGCGCGGUUCAAAGACACCCCUGGUGAAGACGGCUUUGCUUUUGUCUUCUGUCGCAUUGCUCUCCACUAUCUACCCCGUGUCUUGGACCCCCACGGGCCUAUUCACCGCGCGUGCUCCCUCCCAGUCAGCUUCAACCUCGUUCGCCGAUCCCGCCGAGGAGUGGAAGGAUGACGUUUGGCCUCUUCGUGAGCAGACUCCUUGGGACAUCUCUACCGACUUCCCCUUUCCCCGCAAGCUGGAGUACGACGUGACCGAGGGCACAUGGCUGCGGCUCGACGUGCAUCCCAAGACUGGUGAAGUCAUCUUCGACCUUCUCGGGGAUAUCUACUGUCUUCCUGCUGGCGCAUAUAGCGCGUCUACACUUGCUUCCGGGGCUCAUACGCGUGCCGUUCCUGUCCUGAAGGGCAUCCCCCACGACUCUGACCCCCACUUCUCUCCUGAUGGUACCCAGUUCGUCUUCCGAAGCGACGCGGGCCUUGGUGUUGAGAACAUCUGGGUGAAGCCAUGGAAUGGUUGCGAGGCUUCCGACAUACGCCCUCCUCACGCAACAGGCGACAUGGCUGAUGCUCUGAGAAACCAAAACUUGGAUGAGGAGCUUCUCGCGAGUGGGGUUCAGGAGAGCGCAGAGAGAAAGCACCAUCGGCUACUUCGCGAAGGUCGACACGACGCUCAACGCGUCACCAAUGAGACCUACCGAUGGGUGUCGGACGCUCGUUUCCACCCUGACGGUUCAAAGGUGGUUGCGACGAAGUGGUACACCUCCAGUCGUAGUCUCGGUGCAGGAGAAGCUUGGGAGUACGACAUUCCCAAGGACGCGUCAGCGAGUUCGAUCCAAGCUGGCAGCGGGAAGCGCCUGGUGGGCCGGACCCUUCCUUUGGGCUGGAGCGUGGAGAACUAUGGCGAGCAGCAAGUCGGACCCGAGCAGUUCAUUUGGAAGGGCAAUGACACGCUCAUCUAUUCGAAGAACGUCCGCGACACGAAUGGUCGCUGGCAGUACAGCAAGGACGUUCACAGCGGCAUAAAUGCCAUCUUCACGACGAACAUAACCUCCAAGCAAACUACCAUCCUCGUGGACGCAAACUCAGGAGGCGCUACACGUUCAGAGCUCUCACGCGAUGGCCGUACGCUCGCUUUCGUCCGCCGAGUUCGCGAUAAGGAGGCUUUGGUUCUCAAGGACCUCGAGAGUGGCACUCUUCGCAACAUCUGGUAUGGCCUCACGUACGACCUGAGCAUCGUCUCCGCACCCAUGGGGGCCUAUCCUGCAUACGCGUUUACGCCCGAGGACGAUGCUAUCAUCAUCUGGGCGGCAGGGAAGGUCUACCACGUUCCGCUUCAAAAAGACGAGAAUGGCGAGCGCAUCGCCGGGGGGGAGCCCCAAGUUAUCCCUUUCCAGGCUCACAUCGAGAAGCGUCUCGCGGAGACGCGCUCCACAAAGACUGAUAUCAAAACCGUUGAGACGGCCGACACCCAGCGCGUGCACGCCUUCCACGAGCUCCGCAUCGACGAGACUGGCGAGCAUGCUGUCUUUCAAGCUGGCGGGGCGACGUACGUGCAGAAGGUCGAGGGCAGCGGCAAGCACUACGCGCAGCCGGUUCCCGUCCACGAUAGCAAGGCGCCGUACUACUCUCCGUCGUUCGUCCCGGGCCACCCAGACCUUGUUAUUCACGCGCGCUGGUCUGAUGUAGAGUUCACGACGCUCGAGCUCGCCAACCUCACGUCCGGUACUGCCCACGUCCUGACUGGCCUGCCCCUCGGGCGCUAUUACUCCCCCAUUUUGUGCGCUUGCCCCGGCUCGAACCGCAAGAUUGCAUUCCUCCGCAAGAGCGGCGACUACCUCACUGGGGACGUCGUCGCGACGGCCGGCGCAGGCCUGUACAUCGGCGAGCUGACGUUGCCCUCAGGCUCGCACGAGAAGGUCUCAGUCAAGAACAUCAAGUUCGUGCCCUCUGAGAUCGACACAGACGACGUCUUGACCACUCAACUCCGGUUCUUAGAGAAGAGCAAGAAAUUGCUCGUCUCGUCGCCGAGGCGCGCGUUUGUCAUUGACCUCGCCGCGGGCCCGGACGAGGACGGGCAGUACAAGCACGAGACGCUCGCAACUGGACGCACGUCCGCUGAACUCGCUGUCCCGCCGCCGAGUUUGGCCUCGCUGAAGAAGGGGGAGACCCCGGUGGCGAUCGUAGACUUCCACCAUGUCUACUAUGCACCUGCUGUGACGGCGGAUGACGCUGUUUGGAGCAGGCCGGCAAACGCGACCAAGGGUUUGCAGAGAUUGAGUGUCGAUGGUGGCCAUUCGAUCACUUGGAGCGGCGACGGGUCGAAGCUCUUUUGGCUCCUUGGCCCAUACCUCCACCAUGUCGAUAUAUCGAAAUUGAGUGCCUGUGUGAAGGCUGCUCAGAAGGAUACCGUGAACUUCGGUGUUGAGUGCACAAAGAGCCACCCGAAGUACGAGGAGAUCGUGGUUGAGUACCCAAGCGACAUCUCGCGCCUCAAGGAGGAAGCCGCCGCCCUCGCUCAGGCCAAGUACGGGGAUUCGAAAGAGGCAAACUCCAACGCCGACUUCUUCAUCCUCUCGAACGCUACCCUGGUGACGAUGAGCACCGGCAACAUUCACAACGAUAUCUUGCACGAUGCCGUACUUGUGACGCGCAAUGGCGAGAUUGAAGCCAUCGCGGGCGUCCACGAUUUCGUCGCGCCGUACGGUGCCACCGUCCUUGAUGCUCAAGGAGCAGGCUUCGUCGUUCCUGGCUUCAUCGACGUGCACGCGCAUUGGAAUGGCUUCGAUACCGCCAUCCCAGCUAGGUCAUGGGAACUGGAGACUUUCCUCGCGUAUGGCGUUACAACUUUGCACAAUCCGAGCGCGGACACCGUCCUUGCCUUCGCAGAGCGCUUCCGCGUGGAGCGCGGUCAGCUUGUCGGUCCCCGCAUCUUCCAGACCGGAACCAUCAUCUAUGGCGCUGGAGCACCUGUCUACCACGAAGACGUUGUGAGCCUUGAGGAUGCGAAGUCCGCGUUGCUGCGCAUCAAGGCCGAGGGUGGACCCUCGAGCUUCUCAUACAAGAAUUAUAACUUGCCGAUCCGCGCUUCCCGGCAGAGGUUGCUUCUCGCCGCACGCAAGCUUGGUAUGCUUUGUGUUCCUGAGGGGGGUAUGAACUAUGACUGGGACCUGACAUACAUCAUUGAUGGCAUGACGACCAUCGAGCACCCUCUCCCCAUACCUGUGCUUUAUGAUGACGUCUUAAACCUUUACGCAUUGAGCGGCACGGGUUCGACGCCCACACACAUCGUGAACUAUGGAGGUGUCAUGGGCGAACAGCUCAUCUGGGCAACGGAGGAUCUCCCGAACAACGAGAAGUUAAGGCGUUUUGUUCGGCACGACGGCUUGGAAUCUUUGUCGGAAUCUACAGCACGCCCCAAGCUCUCAUACCAGGCCUUCAACACUUCUAUCUCGACAGCGAAGAUGAUUCGCAAGGGUCUCAAGGCGCACAUUGGUGCUCAUGGAGAACCGCCACUCGGCGUCAACUACCAUGCCGAGAUGUGGUACACCCAAUCUGGCGGCCUGACGAACUACGAGACCCUCCGGGCAGCGACUUCUGACGCGGCCAUUACGCUGGGCAUUGACAAUGCCGUCGGCUCCCUUACCCCAGGCAAACUCGCCGACUUCGUUGUGUACCCGCCUGGCGUCGAUCUCCUUGAAGGCGACAUCAGCGGCACACGGGAUAUUCGCUUUGUCGCAAGAGGCGGCCGCGUUUUCGAUGCCACUACCUUGACUGAAAUCUGGCCUGUGAAAGGGCGCAAGGAGCCCUUACCUCCCAUCAAUGCAGACUAG